AUGCGGGCGAUGUCGUCGGCGGUUAGUGGGAUGCUGCGGGCACGGCUGCGCGGGGCGAUGCGCGUCCGCGGCGGUGGCGGCGAGGGGGCCGGGCGGUGGACGACCCCGGGACACGAGGAGCGCCCCAAGGGGUACCUCUUCAACCGGCCGCCGCCGCCGCCGGGGGAAUCUCGCAAGUGGGAGGACUGGGAGCUGCCCUGCUACGUCACCUCCUUCCUCACCGUCGUCAUCCUCGGCGUCGGCCUCAACGCCAAGCCCGACCUUACCAUCGAGACCUGGGCGCACCAGAAGGCGCUCGAGCGCCUCCAGCAGCAGGAGCUCGCUGCCGCCGACGCCCAGGCCGAGUGA